AUGGUGGCGUCAAGAGCAACUUGUUCGCGACGUGCGGGCGAGAGCGGUUGUGGCAGUGCCCUCUGGACAAGAGUUGAUUGGGUGAAGCUGAACAGCAGCGGCACAUCGACGGACAUCAUCGCCUGCGCGAACGCCGCGUUUGCGAGGAACGCUCUCAUGUUCAAGAUCAACGGCUCCUGCUACGCCAGCGGCAGGAUUGUGUACGACGUCGAGAACGACGAGCAGGACUGCGGUGACGCGCCUGCUGAAGUUGUCUACGUCAUGACACCUCUUCCUGGACAACUGAUCGGAGACACCUUCCUUUUCUACAACGAGUCCUCGGCUGACGGGUGCCUCCUCAGCAACAGCGACAACACAGGUCACGUCUUCGAUGACUCUGAGAAUACCCCGUACGACAGUGGACUGAUGCCUCAAAAGCUGACUUGCUGCAAUGAAAUAAUAGCUGGACAUUGCGUCGAGAUUGCGUCACGUCCUGCGUCCACAUACUUCUCGUACUGCGAGGCCAAGACUCGGUGCGAGGCCCUGGGCUUGCAGCUGGCGUCCUACGAGUUGGAGACCAACCCCGGCAUUCAGACAUACGCCCAUGAAAAACUGGGCCCAAUUGCUGCCGAUAUGCCUUUCUGGGUCAACACGCAGCGUGAAGAAGGGGGCUACUACCGCUGGCUUCCCGACGGCCAAAAUAAUACCAUCCCUAUUGCUGGCAGUGACGAUCCCCUUGCGAAGUGUGCUGGUUUCAACGCCGCUUUCAAAACUAUUUUGACGUUUCGGUGCAAGAAUUUGAAUAAUUCACCAAAGGCCAUCUGCAUCGGCCCCAACACAUCUCUGAAGAAGUGUUGAGAAGCACUGAGGCGGUUGCUACAACAUGCACAUUUUUUUAUUUUUCUUGAUAUAUAAGCUUUGCGUGAAGAGUGAAAUAUUGCAUGGGCCUUCUUACGGUUCCCGUUUGUCAACAAUCCUUAGUUACCAACAGCCUAUAUAGAUUUUGUCUUUAGGAGGAAAUAUUUCUUCAUGAUGAGACAAUCUGCUUUAAUCUGCCUCGCCAAUGAGUUAACAGAAUUUAUUUUUGCUUUGCCAGUAUGGAUACAUUCUGACACUAAGAACCAACGAGGGUCCAGCAGACACUGCAGUUUCCUGGCUUGUAUGUCGAGGAACCUGCAGUGCUGCCAUUGUGUCGCUUGUGUUUCUGAUGUUCGAAGUCAGUUUGCGUUCAAUGUAAUCCGAGACAUCAAAUGCUGCUGUNGUGUGUUGUGACGAGUGUGUUGUGACGAGUGUGUUGUGACGAGUGUACCAACUAGUGUUCCAUCACCCGGCAUCACGCGCUCCACUGAUGGCAGAUUUAAACGCUGUUAAAGAACCGUCGCUGUUGAGUUUUGCUGUUGAAAUAGAGCUGGUAUUUUACGCCUUCUUCACCUGCCUUCUUAAAGCUUCCCUGUGUUGCACCAAUAAACAUCCUCGCCUCAU